GGAUGAUUAUGCUGCUAUGGAUGAUCAGUAUUAGCAGAAACUGAAGAAAGAAACUUUUGACAUUUUUCAUGUUGGCAACUUAUGGAGAUGGAGAGCCAACUGACAAUGCUGCAAGAUUUUACAAAUGGUUGACUGAGGGAAAUGAAAGGGAAGCCUGGCUUCAACAUCUCACUUAUGGUAUCUUCGGUCUAGGUAACCGUCAAUAUGAACAUUUCAACAAGAUUGGGAAGGUGGUAGAUGAACAACUGAGCGAACAAGGUAUGAAGUCACUCUCUAUCAAUGAAUUGGAAGAUCCCAAGCACACCUUAAUACUGUUUUAUGUUUUUGAAGGUUCUUUGAAUUAUUAACCUAAAACUUGCUUCCCUAUGUCUGACUUGUGGAGGUUCUUCAACUUUUUUCUUUAAUUAUUACUUAUCACUCUUUCAUGAGGGUCUUUGAUAGCAGAGGUAAAGUUGCUUUUUUGUGAUUAGAAGGUCAUAAGUUCAUUUUACCAUACAUGAUUUCUGAAAUAACUGGGAUUUUGUACUUAAUACUUACAGAAUCAUAUUCUUUACAGGCAGUAUUAAGGCAUAGCUACACAGGUUCCAAAAAAUACGUGUCAUGUUCCUUGUAUUAUCAGCCACUUUGAAAUA